UACUGUAGGAUGUUCCUGACUGACAGCAUGAUGGGAUGGAUGGUGCUGACAGUCCUCAGCCUGUGUCAGCCUGCGUGGAGCAUAGUGAAGGUGAUACAACCCUACAGAGUGGAGAGCACCAACGGUACAGCACAGAUCCAGUGUGUCAUCCAUCCCCGUCCAUCCUACCACCAGCUUGAACCGCUCCCGGACCAGACCCUGUCAUACCCCUUCCCCGAUCCCGAGGACCUCAAGGUGACGCUGCUAAAAGGCCUUCAUGGUACCCAGGAACUCUGCUCGUCAAGCUUCAGCUUCCCAGAGAAGCCAAAGGAGACGGAUGUGAAGCCGGAGGGAGAGGUGCAGUGCUCUGCUCGGGCCUCGGAUGGCACUGUGGAGGUGACGGUGUCCGGACUGAAAGCCACAGACACAGAUCUGUAUCGCUGUCAGAUUCAGGUUUUCUACCCGCCCCCGUAUCUGCGGUUCACCGGCAACGGCACCCUGAUCCACGUCCUCGAUCACUCCGGCUGUCCUGUACAAGAAGCUCAGAGACAAACCGCACACCAGAGUGAAGGGGAAGAGGAGACUGACGGCGAUACCAGGAUGGUGGCGGACAGCGUUCCUGUCCUCGUCCUGGUCAUCGUGAUCAUGUGCAUCCUCCUCGUCAUCAUCUACUUCCAGACUCUGCAGUGUGAACGGUCGAGGAGGGAGAUCAUCAGAACAGUGUCUGGCGUGAUUCACAAGAUGGAUGCUGCCUCGUAUCAGUGUGAAAACAUGGCGUGAAAAUACAACAACCUUCCUCUCCCGUCAUGUCCAGAGCAGGUGUACGUCUGCCUCGAAGCAUUGGAUUAUGGGAGAAACAGGUUUUUACCUCUAUUAUGACAGAGGAUCUCUUGUAGCCGCGGAUGGAGACGUCUGUGAAUAUUUUACUUCUUAAGUAUAAAAAUAAUGUUUACGUUAUUGUAAACACACAUGAUGUUAAAGAGCUGCAGCUUUGGCUGAGUUUCCACGGAGCCGUUAACCUCUUCAGACCUGGACAUCACAUUCUGGGUUAUAUCACCACAGUAGCUUUUUUAUUAUUACUAUUUUUAUUAGUGUUAUUUAUUUUUAUUUUUUUUAAUAUAUACUGUUUUUUGGGGG